GUGGGCUCUGCAUUGCUCAGUCCCUGAAAAUCCCCCAGGAUCGCAAGGACAAGACCAUCGACUUCGAUAAAAUUAUCAAGCAGCUCCUCGAAACUCCCAAUGCCAGGGCCAUCGUUAUUUUUGCCAAUGAUGAGGACAUAAAGCAAAUCCUUGCAGCCGCUAAGAGGGCAGAUCAAGUUGGUCAUUUCCUAUGGGUGGGCUCGGACACGUGGGGAUCCAAGGUGAGCCCGUUAAAGGAGGUCGCCGAGGGAGCCAUCACCAUCCUGCCCAAGCGAGCGACCAUCGAGGGGUUCGAUGCCUAUUUUACUUCCCGCACCCUGGAGAACAACAGAAGGAACGUGUGGUUUGCAGAGUACUGGGAGGAGAACUUUAACUGCAAGUUAACCAUCAGCGGGUCAAAGAAAGAAGACACGGACCGUAAAUGCACAGGACAGCAGAGAAUUGGCAAAGACUCCCACUAUGAGCAGGAGGGGAAGGUCCAGUUUGUGAUCGAUGCUGUGUACGCCAUGGCACACGCGCUCCACCAGAUGAACAAGGACCUCUGUGCCGACUACCCGGGGGUCUGCCCCGAGAUGGAGCACGCGGGAGGCAAAAAGCUGCUCAAGUACAUACGCGGCGUUAACUUCAACGGCAGUGCUGGCACGCCAGUGAUGUUCAACAAAAAUGGUGAUGCCCCAGGACGCUACGACAUCUUCCAGUACCACACCACCAACACCAGCACCCCGGGCUACCGCCUCGUUGGCCAGUGGACAGAUGACCUCCAACUCAACAUCGAUGAAAUGCAGUGGGGCAAAGGGGUACGUGAAGUCCCGUCCUCGGUCUGCAGCCUGCCUUGCAAGCCAGGAGAGAGGAAGAAGAUGGUGAAGGGGAUGCCGUGCUGCUGGCACUGCGAGCUCUGCGAUGGCUACCAGUACCAGGCUGACGAGGUGACUUGUUUGCUCUGCUCAUACAACGAGCGGCCCAACGAGAACCGAACGGGAUGCCGUUCGAUACCCAUCGUCAAGCUGGAGUGGCACUCACCCUGGGCUGUGAUACCCGUCUUCUUGGCUAUGCUGGGAAUUAUUGCCACCAUUUUUGUCAUGGCAACGUUCAUCAGAUAUAACGACACUCCCAUUGUCCGGGCUUCUGGGAGAGAACUCAGCUACGUCCUGUUGACAGGGAUAUUUUUGUGCUACAUAAUCACGUUUCUGAUGAUCGCCAAACCAAACGUUGCAGUGUGCUCCUUCCGGCGUAUCUUCUUGGGCUUGGGGAUGUGCAUCAGCUAUGCAGCCCUGUUAACUAAAACAAACCGCAUCUACCGCAUAUUUGAACAGGGCAAAAAGUCAGUGACUGCACCUCGGCUUAUAAGCCCCACAUCACAGCUGGCGAUCACGUCGAGUUUGAUAUCUGUUCAACUUCUAGGUGUCUUUAUUUGGUUUGCAGUUGACCCACCCAACAUCAUCAUAGAUUAUGAUGAGCAGAAAACUAUGAACCCUGAUCAAGCCAGAGGAGUUCUCAAAUGUGACAUUACGGAUCUACAAAUCAUUUGUUCCUUGGGUUAUAGCAUUCUUCUCAUGGUCACGUGUACUGUGUAUGCCAUCAAGACUCGGGGUGUCCCAGAGAAUUUUAAUGAGGCUAAACCCAUUGGAUUCACUAUGUACACUACCUGUAUAGUAUGGCUUGCCUUCAUUCCAAUAUUUUUUGGCACUGCCCAGUCAGCCGAAAAGCUCUACAUACAAACUACCACACUUACAAUAUCCAUGAACUUAAGUGCUUCAGUGGCCCUGGGGAUGCUUUACAUGCCGAAGGUGUACAUCAUCAUCUUCCACCCUGAGCUAAAUGUCCAGAAACGGAAACGCAGCUUCAAGGCUGUGGUCACAGCAGCGACCAUGUCGUCACGGCUCUCGCACAAACCCAGCGACAGACCCAACGGCGAAGCCAAAACGGAGCUGUGCGAGAACGUAGACCCAAACAACUGCAUACCACCAGUA